AUGAGCUCUGCACGCAACCAGGGCUGGGUCCCGCAGACGGCCGGCGACACCCAACACAAUGUACGAGAGGCUGCACUGCGAGGCGCAGCGAAAGCCUUCUCCAAAUCUCCCGCGAAGCCAAAGCCUUUGGUAAACACAUAUACAGGAGGAGACAAUGGGGCUUUGCUGGCUGCAACCAAGGUCGGAACUGGCAGUCCGGCAUCCUUGCGGAGCCACCACACUGGCGGAUCUGUGGGCGUCAGCAAGCCGAACCUGUCCAAGUCGAACAGCUCCAACUCGCUGAGUGUGCCUGACGACCACCCCGACCGCGUCUCCUCGCCUUCAAAUAUCGCUGCUCGGCUUGCGGCAGCUCGGCACAGCCCUCUGCGGCCUCUACCCCAGGCCGCUGUUCCGCCCACCAUGAGCGAACACCAACCAAACGAGAGGGAUGUACUGCCUCCCUCGGGCAGCGUAGGGAAUGUGCUUGCGAGACUCGAAUCUAAGAAACCCAGCCAGCAGCCGCGCAAGAGGAGAGGCAGCCUCGAACCGUAUUCAGCUGCCACCAGUGCCCGACAGCCAGAGUCACCACACAAGCCUACCGAUGACACCCCUAUACCGCCAACGAACUCGCUCGUCAGAAUGUUUGAGCAAGCGCGACCUAGGACGCCUACCAAACCCUCUGCACCGAUACGUGUCACCCAGAACUCUCCACCCCCUGUGCGGUCGCCGAAGCCGCAGCGUGCAUUCAAGUUACCUCCCGAGCCGAAAGAUGACGCACCCCUGCAGAGAGUCAGGACGCAGACACCACCACCUGUGAAGCCAAAGCCGAAGCACAAGAUCACGCUGCCGCCACAACAUGUCGACGGCAGUAGCGAGCAAGCAUACUUCAAUACACCCAAGAAUGAUCCCCUGAAAUCUCCUCCGAUCAGGCAAAAACCGGUCCAGCUGGCGACAAUCAACACAUCGGUUUCUCCACUUUCGAAGCCCCUGCAGAGGGGUUCUCGGCAAACACGGCCAAAGUCUGAGGACACAACGCAGUCCAAGUCCUUACAACGGCGCAGAGUGUCCGCGUCUAUAGAGAGUCAACAGUCGCCGUCAACACCUUCUUCCUUCAAGUCAGCAAAAGAAGAGCAGGAAGAUGAGAAGCUCAAACCUGCUCUGCCUCCGCCGCGGCGAUCGACUGCGCGAAAAGCAGAUCCUGUACCGGCUACCAGCAAACUUCAGCCUUCGGCCCCAAUACAAAUCAAACCUCGGACCCAAAGUCAGAAUCCGGCUUCGAUGCCUCCGCUGCAGAGACUCUCGCCUCCUCGUCGGCCAACGUCAACCAGUGGAUCAGGUUCACCUUCGGUAUAUCAUAAUAACUACCAGAGGGAGUCUGUCAAGCAGAUUACACAACACAUGACUGGCGAAUCUCUGUCGAGCGCCAUAAUGGGCGCCGCUCUAGCCUCGCAUUCUCGCAACGUUUCGCCCGCACCUCGACCUAUGUCAGUCGAACCUCUUUUCCCGCCGCGCAAACAGCACCACCAUCACUCUCCGUUCCAUCGAUCGCCCUCACCGCCUAAACAAUCACCUCCGAAGAGCGCCGGGAAGAUGCGGACCACAAUGCGCAAAGAACCGUCGUCGUCCGAUGAGGAAGACAACAAGGUCGACAAAUACAAGAAAAAGGGGACACGCAUUAUGGGCAUCAAGGGACGGAAGCACCCAAAUAAACAUCACGAGGGCACGCGAAAGCGUUGGCGCGAUCAGAUAACCGAACGGGAGCGGAAGCGUUACGAAGGUCUGUGGGCAGCGAACAAGGGUCAUCACAUACCAUCACCUGCUAACGCGCCGCCUGACGAUGACGCAUCGGCUGAUGUGUUGAAUCUUCUGGUCAAAGAGAUCUGGACGAGGAGUCGACUGCCUACGCAUGUUUUAGAAGAAGUCUGGGAUCUCGUAGACAGCAGAGGUGUUGGCAGACUGAGCAGGUACGAGUUCGUGGUAGGUCUAUGGUUGAUUGACCAAAGACUCAAAGGACGAAAGUUGCCGGUCAAGGUCAGUGAUAGUGUGUGGCAAAGCGCCAGGGGCGUCAAUAUCAAAGUCAAGAUCCGGAAUUAG